CUGGGGUUGAUGUCGUCACGGUGUCUUCUUAGAACGCCACCCUGGGUAUAAAAUACCAGAGCAGGUAACUUUUACACUUCCCCAGUGCACGCACUACAGAGAGAAUCGGGCAGCCCGUCCGAAAUACAUGUUGGUUCAAAAUGGGACUCCUACAAAGCCUCCUUCACAUCACCAACUUCAAAAACCCCUUUUUGCGGACUCUGGUGCCGAGCGUUGGCCUCGUCUUUGCACUGCAGCUUGGCGUCGCUGGCCCCAGCAUUGCGCUGCAAUCGGAUCGUUUCUAUGAUGUCUCGGGCUCCCUCACGUACUUGGCAGCCACCGCGCUGAGCCUAUACCUCCCGGCCCUCCGCGCGCGCGCCGCCGCCUCCCUCGCCGGAGCCCCCAAGCCCGAGUUCCCGAGUCUGCUGGCCGCCCUCGGCGGCUCGGGCCCGCCCAGCGUCAUGAACUGGCGCCAGGUCGCCCUGAGCGCCGCCAUCGGCAUGUGGGCCACCCGCCUGGGCUCGUACCUGUUCCAACGCAUCCUCAAGGAGGGCAAGGACUCCCGCUUCGACGUCAUCAAGAAGAAUCCGCGCCGGUUCGUGUUCGCCUUUGUCGCCCAGGCUGUGUGGGUCACGCUGUGCUCGCUGCCCGUCCUCGCCGUGAACUCUGUCCCCGCCGCCGCCCUCGCCGCCGCCGCGCGCUCCUCCGCCUUCGGGGUCCGCGUCACUGACGUGCUCGGACUUGGACUGUUUGCCCUUGGUUUCGGAUUCGAGGUCGUCGCCGACCGCCAGAAGUCGCGCUGGUUAGAGGAGAAACACAACAAGGUUCAUGACGAGGCUUUCAUGACACGCGGUCUGUGGUCCAAGAGCCAAUAUCCCAACUAUUUUGGCGAGAUCACCCUGUGGACUGGCAUCGCCACGGCGGCCGCUGGAGUUCUGCGCGCACCGGCGACGCAGGCGGCCACAGGCUUGGGUGGAGGGAUCGGCGGUGUGAUGGCGACGACUGCUAUGUCGGCUAUUAGCCCUGCCUUUUCGUACUUCAUCCUGACAAGGCUUUCGGGUAUCCCACUCAGCGAGCGCAAGUACAACAAGCUAUACGGUGAUCGGAAGGACUACCAGGAGUGGAAGGCAAACACACCAAGGCUGAUCCCCAAAAUCGUGUAGCCUCGACUUGCAGAUGGGAGAUGGCAAAUAAACGUGCAUUUUGUGUGCUAGUUGGGCAGAAUGGUAGUAGUAUUUUGGUAUAAUACGACAGCAUUAACUUACAGCCUACCCACGGAUGUUUUUUUUACCGUUAUCCUACUAAAAUCUUUUACAUUACUUACCUUUUGAAUAAUGCCUUUAAAGUUAAAAACUCGAUAAAAAUUAUUUCCG